CUGCUGGCCGUCUUUUGAGUGUUGUGUUGGGAACGAGCAAGAUGGCGGCUGACGGUUCCUCCACGUCUCCAGCCUUACAUUCCUAUGUGAAUGUAGGGGAUUAUUACCCGAGAAAACUUGGACCGAAGCCUGAUGUCGUUCCAUCGGGAGUGACUGAAAGGAAAAUCAAUCCGCAGGACAAGCCAGAUAUGGUUGUAUUAGAUGUCAUCAAUGUCAAAGAGCCAGAUAUACCUAUCCAUAGGAAAAAGCAGGAGACAGACACAUAUGUUUUGGGCACAAUACAUCCAUUCCGAAGAUCUCAGAGGUCAAUCUUUGGAAAAUUUAUUCAAGAAUUCCAGCUUGUUGCAAGUGACAAACGAUCCUGGAAAAUUUUACUCUUUGGUUUCUUCAACUUAAUUUGCACAAGCUUCUUGUUAAUGUGGUGUAGCUCAACUAACAGCAUGGCCUUGACUGCUUACACGUAUCUAACCAUCUUUGACUUAUUCAGCCUGAUAACAUGCUUAAUAAGUUCAUGGGUUACUAUGAAGAAGCCUAGUCCUUCUUACUCUUUCGGGUUUGAACGAUUUGAGGUACUAGCUGUUUUUGCUUCCACUGUGUUGGCCCAGCUUGGAGCUCUUUUUAUUCUCAAAGAAAGUGUGGAAAGAUUUAUGAAGCAGCCAGAAAUACAUACGGGUCGUCUUCUUGUUGGAACUUUUGUGGCACUCUUCUUUAAUUUGCUAACAAUGCUGUCUGUAAAAAACAAGCCUUUUGUACAUGUUUCAGAAGCUGCCAGCACCAGUUGGCUCCAAGAGCAUGUAGCAGACCUGAGCCGAAGUUUAUGUGGAAUAGUCCCAGGACUGAACAGUGUUUUGUUACCACGGAUGAACCCCUUUGUUUUGGUAGAUUUAGCUGGUGCUUUGGCUCUCUGUAUCACUUACAUGCUUAUUGAAAUAAACAAUUAUUUCUCUGUGGACACUGCUUCCGCUAUUGCCAUUGCUGUAAUGACUUUUGGUACUAUGUACCCUAUGAGUGUGUACAGUGGAAAAGUCUUGCUUCAGACGACUCCAUCAUAUGUUAUUGGUCAGCUCGAUAAAUUAAUCAGAGAAGUUUCUACUCUUGAUGGAGUAUUAGAAGUACGCAAUGAGCACUUUUGGACCGUUGGUUUUGGAUCACUGGCUGGUUCAGUACACGUCCGAAUACGCAGAGAUGCCAAUGAGCAGAUGGUGCUUGCUCAUGUAACCCAUCGUCUUUAUACACUUGUUUCAACACUAACUGUUCAGAUUUUUAAGGAUGACUGGAUUCGACCAUCACUGGUAACUGGAGCAAUUCCAGUAGGUAUGCUAAAUCUCUCCGAGUACAGCAGCCUACCACCACCACCACCACCAUCCCAUGUGAAAACAGUAGAUGACUUAAGCCCGGCUACAUCUACCCCUGCGAAGCCAAGCAGCCCGCCUCCAGAGUUCUCAUUUAACACUCCAGGAAGAAACGUUAACCCUGUCGUCCUGCCAAGUGCACAGCCUAGGCCAUACGGUAUGGGAUUUCAUUAUGGCUCUAUGUCAUACAAUAAUAUGUUUACACAAAGUACUGGAAGACCAGGAGGUGGAUUUGGAAUGGGACCAGCACAUGGACUCAGGACAGGUUUCUCCAGUGUUCCCAACAGAUUUGGAACAAACAGUUUAGGACAGUUUGGUUUGCAUAAACAGUGAUCAGCUGCUAGUACAAUACUUAUGAUGGCAUGAAAGUUUCAUAUUUUUACAUUUUUGUAUUAAUGGACAGCAAUACACUAUUUAAAAAGUUACCAUUAUUUUUUUUCCUUGGGGAUUAUUCUACAUUUUUUGCUUAUUGGAUUGCUAAGUGAAUAUCUUUUUCAUUCCUUUAUUUAAUUUUUUGUGCUGCUGAUUUUAAUGUUGAGUUCAACCCUUACUGUCUGAGUGAGGGUGCAGUUUAAGAGGCCUUAUAGGAAGCAAAGGAAGUACAUGGACGUUCAAAACCAUAAUGCACCACUGCGUUCACUGGCUCAGUUCUGUUUUGUUAAGUAUCAUAUUGUGCUUCAGGUUCAUGUUAGCUGUUACACAGUGGUAAUGCUUCAGGUGCCAAACGACCGGUCAGUCUCAGUUUAUAUCCUUUCAGGUAAAGAAAUAAUAAGCUUGGAUAAAAUGCCUCCUAUAUUUAGUUUCAAUUUUUUUUGUCCCUGUUAACUUAAAGUAAUUUUUAUUUCAGUUCCUUUGGCAUCAGGACUAUUCCAAAGACAUUUUACAUUAAACAAUAUUUUAUUAGAGUUAAGUUUGAGCAGAACUCUGAAAUUAUUGAAUCAGAUUCAACACAUCCUACUUAAUUGUAUGUUAUAGUAAGUGGUGAUUCUAAUUUAUUUAAUUAUCGUAAUAAUUAUUAUUGUUUAUCAAUGGGCAUGAUAAUGGUGUUGCUAAAACAACUUUAUUUUUGAUAAAACAAGCAUACAUUAUGUAUAUUUUAAACUGUUGCAUUGAUAGCUAUGAGAAAGGAACAGUUCUUUUUCACUGAAUUAUUUUUCUAAAACACAAUCCCUUUCGCUGCGCUGGGCUGGCGUUUCCUGCCUUGUGCCCUGUGUUGGCUGGCAUUGGCUCCAGCAGAUCUCCGUGACCCUGUAGUUCGGAUAUAGCGGGUUGGAAAAUGGAUGGAUGGACAAUCCCUUCAGGUCUAAAUUAUGACUUUCUUACCUUGAGUUUGAUCUCCUCCUGAAUUAGACAUUUUAAACCAGUUAUACAAUCGGUGGUUAGUAUUAUUUACAAUUAUGUCUUUUUUUUUUUUUUUUGCUACCAAACUUGGGAAACCACACAGUAUCAGAUCAUUUUCAACUGUCUUUUUUAUGGUCAUUUUAUGUAAAUAUUUUUGUGAUUGAAUUGUUUGAAGCAGUGAUUGGGGGGGGACGCUGUUUGUUUUGUGCUAAAAUUCAAGCAAGUGCAGCAGAGACCCGGAGCGCUAAUUGUGCAAGUUAAAGUGUAUAUGUUCCACAGUUGCGACUUUUAUAUAUAAAUAAAAGUCUAAUUUGUUGCUGAUAAAAUAUUCUUUUAGUGAAAAGUAUUGUACAGCUUUCUGUAUUCCUUGAUUGUACUGCUAAAUUAGGGAAUGCUUCUAGAAUUAACUAGUUGCUCUUUUGUUGCUGUAAUUAAAUUCACAACUUAAUUUUCCUUUAGUACAAGUUUAAUUAAUUAAAUAUUUUUGGAAGUAUU